AGCAUCAUGAUGUUGGUGUGUUUUCUCUCCUCAGUCUCUGCUGGUCCUUUAAGAGCCUCCUCCUCCUCCUCUCCUGUAUUUUUAGCUGAUGAAGCCUCUUCUUCAGUUGAAUAACACACACACACACACACACACACACUCUCUCUCUCUCUCUCUCUAGAUGUGUGUACAGUACGAUGAUCCGUCUCAUCAUUCUCAACCCUCUCUAAUCCAUCCCAUGAUAUUUCGCUCAGAAACAUCUCAGCCCUCGGGAAAAACACAGCCGCGCUGGAAGCUGGAAAACAGCAGGAGCAUCAUCAUCAUCAUCAUCAUCCUCAUCAGCAGCGGCGGCAUGAUUCUGACGGAUUUCUGAGACGGCUCACGCGCCAUGGACGAACGCGACUCGAUUUAACCCGCGCGUAAAAGAGCCUCAACAUCCUUCAAAACGGACGGAGUCGUGGAGCAUCGAGGGAAAACCCGGGCCAAUCGGGACCGAGACUUCAUGCCCAACAUGGAAAGGGGCAAACCAGCCACCUACACAGGCGACAAGAAGGCAAAGAUGGCUGCAAAGACCAAUAAGAAGUGGGUAAGACUGGCCACCGUGUUCGCCUAUGUCUUAUCCGUGUCUCUGGCCGCGAUCAUCCUGGCCAUCUACUACAGCCUGUUAUGGAAACCGAACAAGCCCCCCAACACCUCCAACCCCACCGGCAUCCCCGCCACCACCGAGAGCGCCAACGGAACGGAGAGCAACGGCACGCAGGCGACGCCGAACCACGUCAACGCCACCGACGCGUCUCUGAAUCGGACGGCCAGGUCCCUGUCGGAGAGCGCGCACUCCCAGCCCGCGGAUCUCUACGCGUACAUGCCCGGAGACGCCUCGGACGGCCAGAGCGCGGCGAAGACGCGGUCCUCCGGGAGCGCGCGGGCCGGAGACGCGCGACCGGAGGCGAGCUGGAGCGAGCGCGCGACGUCCGGCAAACAGACUCACUCGGACAACCGGCACAGAAAGACCUAAGACUUGAGCUUGACUCGGGAACGAUGCUGCUCGCUGGAAACGUUCACAGGCCGAGGCCUAUACAGCAGAGGCUCCGAUAGAGUUUAACCCUUCACAUAUAUCUAUCUCUCUCUCUCUAUAUAUAUAUUAAUGUAUAACCUGUUUUGUUUCGCCUAAAUACUCGGCAUCUUCUUUGCAGCUGAUAUUUUGGGAGCGCAAAAACUUAACACUCAUCCGAAGCGACUGUCCCUCGGAGCCCGGUCUCGUGAAAACGCGUAUAAAUAGCACGCUGGAUCAAAACGAGCACUUCGUGUAUAUUACACGUGCAUAUAGUACGCGGUUUUUACGUGCGUGCGAUACGAACGUUUUUAAUGACGCACACCUGCCCCACAACUCUAACGCUACUAUCGCGUAGCAUAUGCGCGCCAACGCUUUCAUUCGGCGUGCUCUUUAUACGCUGGUUCACGAGCUCAACGCCUUGAUCCCGACAGCCAUUCUUCUGGUUUUGGGGGGUGGGACGGGGACAAGCUUUUGAAAGGACAACUCUGAAAGCUUGCAUGAAGUUCAACUUAACAGAUUUAAUCAGGAUUCUUAUGUUAGAGGAACCUGUGUCGAUGCUCAGGUAUGUGCAAAUAUCCAUGUAAAUGUAUUGUUUAGUAAUGUACAUACAUGCUCUGGAAAUAACUUUUAGCCUCGCUGGACCAUUUUUAUAACAAACGAUGUACCAUAAGUGUAGAAUACAUCAAUAAACCACCAACUACUACAAA